GUUCCGGGAUCUGGGAUGCGGGCUGGGUCCUGGUCCUGGUCCUGGUCUUGCUGAGCGCUGCAGUUCGUUCGACCGGCCAGGAUGCGGCUUUGGUCCUUGGUCUGGCUGCUGGGCUGCAGAGCGGCUGCCUGGCGGAGCGGCAGUUACUGGCUAGAUGAUGCCGUCGGGCUGGCGCGGCAAUUCGAUGGCAUCGGAGCCAUUAGUGGUGGCGGGGCCACCUCACGGCUUUUGGUGGAUUACCCAGAACCUUAUCGGUCUCAGAUUUUAGAUUAUCUUUUUAAGCCAAAUUUUGGUGCCUCUUUGCAUAUCCUCAAAGUAGAGAUUGGUGGUGAUGCACAGUCUACAGAUGGUACUGAACCCUCACACAUGCACUAUGAAAAUGAUGAAAACUAUUUCCGUGGCUAUGAAUGGUGGCUGAUGAAAGAAGCUAAAAAGAGGAACCCUUGCAUUAAACUGAUCGCCUUGCCCUGGGCUUUUCCAGGAUGGAUUGGGAGGGGUAAGAAUUGGCCCUAUGAUUACCCAGAUGUCACCACUUAUUAUAUUGUCUCCUGGAUUAUAGGUGCUAAAAGAUUUCAUGACUUGGACAUUGACUACAUUGGGAUUUGGAAUGAGCGGUCUUUUAACAGCAAAUAUAUCAAGACUUUAAGAUACACUUUGGAUAAACAAGAGCUUCAGCGGGUGCAGAUCAUAGCCAGCGAUGACCUCUGGGAACCAAUAUCCUUUUUCAUGCUUGUUGACUCUGAGCUCCGUGAAGCAGUCGAUAUUAUUGGGGCUCACUACCCAGGAACAGAAACAGUAAAAGCAGCCCAAUUAACUCUAAAGAAACUCUGGUCUUCUGAAGAUUACAGUACUUUCAACAAUGAAGUGGGUGCUGGUUGCUGGGCUCGAAUCCUGAACCAGAAUUAUGUAAAUGGGAACAUGACUGCCACUAUCGCUUGGAAUUUGGUGGCUAGUUACUAUGAAGAAUUGCCCUUUGGAAGGUGUGGUUUAAUGACCGCACAAGAACCAUGGAGUGGACAUUACACUGUGAAUUCUCCCAUAUGGAUCACAGCACACACAACGCAGUUCACACAACCAGGCUGGUAUUACCUGCAAGUAGAUGGGCAUCUGAAAGGAGGUGGAAGCUUUGUGGCUCUGACUGAUGGGCUAGGCAAUCUGACUAUCAUCAUUGAAACAAUGACUCAUAGCCAGUCACAGUGCAUCAGGCCACCGCUUGCUUCCUAUUCUGUGUCUCCCCAAAAAGCAGUUUUCUACCUGAAAGGAUCCUUUAGCAAGUUGAAAUCUCUUCAGAUGUGGUAUUCCAAGCUUGAAUUUUCUCCUGCCAACUCUACAUUAUUUCAGUCACUUGGGCCUAAAAAUAUCUCUGAAGGAAUGUUGACACUAAACUUGGGCUUGGAUGAGAUCUAUACUUUGACAACUCUAACAACUGGCCAUAAAAGUUUUUUUUCAGAACCUCCUCCAUCUCAAUCUUUUCCUUCCUCUUACAAAGAUGAUUUCAAUAUCCGCAACCCACCUUUCAGUGAAGCACCAUACUUUGCUGAUCAAACAGGAGUGUUUGAGUAUUUUAUUAAUGCUUCUGAUCCAGGGGAGCAUGUCUUUACUCUCCGACAAGUGGUGACUCAGAGACCUGUAACCUGGGUUACAGAUGCAAAGAACACAAUCAGCAUUAUAGGCAACUAUAAGUGGGUAAAUUUCACAAUAACCUGUGACAUUUAUAUAGAAUCAAAUAAAGGAGGAGCAUUCAUUGCUGGAAGAAUUAAAAAAGGUGGCAUAUAUGUUGCAGCUGCUGAAGGAAUUUUCUUCUGGGUUUUUCCUGAUGGCACGUAUCGAGUCACAGGAGAUCUUGCUGGUGACAGAAUCUUGAUGAAAGGGUUAUCUGGUGUGCGAGCAAACAGAUGGCACACACUCACUCUGAUUCUUAAGGGAUCCAAUGCCUCUGGCAUGUUGAAUGGUUAUCCUCUCUGGGAGAAUGUCACCACACACAGUCCAGAGAAUGGCUGGGCAGCCAUUGGGACCCACUCUUUUGAACUGAUACAAUUUGACAACUUUUACAUUCAGGCCAGCUGAGGUUUCCAUCAUAUGUAGUCAAUUCUUUACUCCUUUGAGCCAGGUCAAACUUUCUUCUGACUAGAAAUUGCUUCUUUCCUUGCAGGAAGUAUGAGAUCAACAUUAAAUAUCAGAUCUAUGUUAAAAAAAAUUUUUUGUAAGCUAUAAAUGGAAAUGUGACACGGUCAUAUCUCUUUAAUUGAUUGAAAUGUAACACUUUGUAGCAUAACUUUAAGCAGUUACACUUAGUUAGAAUUGCUGCUUUCAAUAUUUCUGGGAGGCGUGAAGUCCGUUUUUUUGGUAAAAUUCACCUUGCAAUCAAAUGAAAUGCCUCAUAUAUCUAUUAUGAAGCACUGUAAUUUUUAAAACUUUUUGUAUUUUUAUCCAAGUUGAUGGAAUAAGGAUUUCAGUGGAUUUAGAUGUCUUCUCCCAGGAAAUGAGAUUUUACUCCUAGUUUUCUAAUGUCUUAAUACACUUACCUAAUUUUAAUGAAAAGAAAAUACCCAGCUUAUGGCUAGCUGGUUUAUUGAUGAAGUGCCUUCUUUCAAACUACCUCUUGUUGACAACAGUAUAGAAAAUGUAUUGAAAAUGCCUAUUAUUAAUCUUAGGUUGAUAACCCAGAUAGCCUUGUAGUUUUCCUCUUUGUGCUUGACCAGAUACAUUGAAGGAGAAAAAAGUAUAGCUGAGGAAAAUUCAUGAGAGCUUUUUUUUCCCCUCAAGUCUGCAGGCCAGUAUACACAUGAAGGUACUAUGACACAAUGACUUUACAAGCAGUCAAAGGUUUCAAAUUUACAAUCCAAAGAGUUGUACAAUGAUCGGUAUCUGUGGAUGAUGUACAUAUCAAGGCCCUAGCUUUCAUGAAUAAGGAAAAAAAGCAUACAUAAAAGCAGUAUUUCACAUACGCUAGCUUACAGAUGUCAAUGGCCCUCUAUGCUUUCUGGUGAAAUUUGAUUUUCAAGGGUAAAAUAAUUUGUACUAUCUAUUGACCUGCUUAUAUGAGUGGACCAAUUUCAGUUUAUUUUGUUACUUGGUAUUCUGAAGUAUACAAGUUAGGUGCCAAAUGCCAAAUAGUAGAGAAUAAAACUAAUUCAAACUGGCAGUUUAUAGGGCAGAACAAAUAGUUCUCUGUGAGAAUGUAGUUAGUCAUCCUGGAUAUAUAAUUACAAAGCACUACUGGAUUAUUAUAGUUGGGGAAAAAACCUUAACACAUCAUUCUAAAACUGCUCAACAGAAGUAUAUAAAGUUGUGAUCAAAGUUCACCACUUCAUGUUCGUAUUUUGCAGAUGACAAAUGAUGAAGCUGAGAGAUGAGUAGUUUGUAAAAGACAAGCUAUGGCAGAGAGGGUUGUUGUUGUUGGGGUUUUGUUUUUUGGGGGCUUUUUGCUUGUUAUUGUAAGACUACUGGCCAUCAGAAACCUUUGCAGUGCUGUUGCAAAGGUCAUACAGGGUGGUACCCCUGAAUCUUGGUUUGUUUUAUCAACUUUUAUCUACCAGUGAAGAAAUCCUAAUGUGUCUCUUUCUCUCUUAGUGUUACAGAUUACUGGCUUCAUAGAAAGAAUAGGGAACUACUUAAAACCAUACCCCUUUAUAAUAAAAUAGCUCAAUUUGGUGUCUUUUUAAAUUUUAUUCUAGGGAAUGUCAACUUAUGGUAUGCAUUAAAAACUAAGUGCAUGUGUUACCCUCAAAGCUGAUUCUGAUAAAAUGUUGUUUGUACUGUAGACAGUGUUACAAAACUGUCUUUCUUAAGUGAUGCAUAGCUCUCUGUCUCUCCUAGUUCAAAGAGACUUCUGAGACAAGAUGCUAUGGUUGAUAACAUAUUGGCUUACCAAACGAGUAUGACUGUGUUUGUCUAUUUCAGACAUAAUUAAAUUACAAGCCCCCAAUUAAACACUUUUUCCAUCCCAUCCAAAUCAAAACACUUGUUUCCUAGCCAGGAUAUUGAGUUUUAAUUUUAAACUAACAGCCUAGCUUGUUUGUACUGAUGAUAAAAAAUUUUGAUUACCAGUUAGGCAAAGUCAAAAUGGAAAAGUGUGGUUAUUGGAAAUUCCUUGUAUGAGUAAAAUGCCAGUCCAUGUCUCAGCUUAAGGAGACUAAAGAUGAUCAUUCAGGCAUGGCCAAUGGGAAAUAUACUUACAUGCAGCUAAUAGUAAUAUAGGGAACCUCUGUCCUGUUUUGAGAGUUGGAUAUUGAUAGUUGAUCAAAAUAAAUUAGGCUAUCAGAUUCUUCUGAAUUAUGGGCCAAGAAAAGUAACUUUCAUGAUUAAAGACUAAUGGCUUAGCAACUAAAUAAAAAAGAAUAUUUUUGAAAGAUAUCAACAGCUGUGUUUAAGUGACAUUUUGAUACCUUAUGUUGUCCAAAUGUCCAAACUGAAGGCUGAGAUGAUGUUAACUGUCUUUUCCUUUGGUAGUCUGAGGAUAUAAGGGAUGGACUGCACAGGGGUUUUUUUGUUUGUUUUUGCCAUUCUUUUUCAAAUGGACUCCAAAGUUGCUGAUGAAGUCACUCAUAUCUUAAUUUUGAGGUGUUUUUUUUUUUACUUAAUUUCUAUUGUAUUGUAUUUUAAGCUUAUUAUGAUUACUGUUUUUAAUGUUUAAUGGAUUAAUUUAUUGUAAACCGCUCAGAGUCCCUCUUUGGGGGGAGAUGGGUGGUAGUACAAAUUUGAGAAAUAAAUAAAUAUCACCAGAGCAGACAGGGUCAAAAUGUCUGGCUUUGUUUUAUUUUGUUUUGCAUGGCAAAAAAAAAAAAAAGCAAAAUGGGUGCCUUAAACUUUUCCCCCUUAAUGUCCCCAGACAAAUAAAAUCAAUCUUGGGAUGGAUUUAAGGGGUGAAAUUAAUACCUUAAGUUACUAUGUUAAUGAAUAUUGUAAGGCUGCAAAGUUAAGACUUUGCUAUCCCCAUUUUACUUUCUGGGGAUUGCAGAAAGGCUACUGGGACACAUGACAUCCUUUGCGUGAAGUUACCUCUCCCAACCAGUUCAUUCUGGGAAGUGACGCAGUCCAGCCAGUCUGAAGAACACUAGUUGGGGAAGACUGAUACAUGGAUAUGCCUGGCUGCCUUUAUUCCAAAAGCUUUAAAAGUUUUGCACUGCAUAAAUGGUUCUGUUUUUGCACUGUGUACUAAAUGUAAAGAAUUUGGUUUCUUGUUUAUUUAUGGAAUUUUAGAUGCUUGUUAUAAAAUUGGCUUGUCUAAUUAAGAAGCUGCUUUGAUGUUUCAACAACUGAUGUAUGUGGUUGAUUACUGCAAUUCCUAAUGUUUCAAACAAAAAAUAAAUAUCAUUUAAAUCUUUGA